AUGUCGCCGAAUCUUACGCUACAAAAGCCCUCCGAUGCCGCAACCCCCUCAUCCUUCUUCACAUCAACCUCCACCCAGCUCGUCCAAACCUGGCAGAACUCCGAGCCACUCGCCCUCCUCCGGCAGUACCUCACAGGCCAGCCUCCCGUUCUCCAGGAGUUCCUUCUUUACACCACCUCCCUAGACGGAAAGCUCCACCUCUUCCUCAUCAAGACCUCCACGAGUCUCGAUGUAGGGGUCUACUCCAACGUCCCGAUUGACCACAUCGACGUACUACAGCACUGCGAGUCGCUCGUCGACGCGCUGGGGCAUCGCCACGAACCGCUGCCGACAUCGUUCGUGGGCGAUGCUUGGCUGGCUGGUCCGCUCGCGCAGGCGAUCGCCCACCGCAAGAGCGUGGAAGAGACCUCCUCCUGUUUCUUCAAGCGGACCGAGUAUUCCACCUCCCCUCGAACGGCGUACACGGCCACCGUGCUGUUCCCAGGGGCCAACCUCGCCGGCGUCCCGAAACCGGUCCCAGAGGUCUGCCAGGUCACUGCGGAUGAUAAUCAAUACUACUGCGAGACGUUGCUGGACAUGUUCGGCGACGACGACCCCGCGGUUCCCGUAGACUUUGCGUACUUCCACGCGGGCCGGGUUGUUUCCGUGGCGUGGCUGGCAAGCACUGCGAUCGGCGGCAGCGGCGGGAAGCGCCUCCUCGGCCUUUACACCGUGCCGGAUAUGCGCCGGUGGGGCUUCGCAGCGCACGUGCUGGGAACAAUAAUCCAUACGCUGCUGGAGACGGGGGAGAUUGGUUACCUGUCGAUGAUGUGCGAGCGGGAUACCGCUACGGAGGAUCUGUGCGAUAAGUUCGAACUCGGUUCCGAUGAGAACCGGAGCUAUGUUCUUGAAAACUACGAGGUCGUCAAGACAUCAAGGUUUGGCAGGCCGGAAGUCGCCUUUGGAGCGGGAAUCGCGGCUGUUGUGGGUUGGUGGGUUUACCUCGUCUAG